AUAUAUGAAGAAGUGGCAAUUUGUGUAAUAUGAUAGAAAAAAGAGGGACAUUUUAAGCAAAGAAAUAAACCGUUAAAUUUGCUGGGAAGAUUGAAGAAGAAAUAGACGUGAACAAAAAAACUGUUAACAGAUCAUACAGGAGAGCAUAGUCCUCCAUUUCUUGGCUGUGUUUUGCUCCGUUUCUUCCUCCUUUUCCCAUCUCCCAAACAGAUUACAAACAAUUAAAAUCAUCCAGAGUUCUUAAAUCUCUCUCUUCAUAAUCAUGCACCAAAACCAUUUCUGAUCUGUUUCCUCAACCAAAAAGAUCAAAUAAUAUUCAGUAUCAACAAUGGUUCGUGUGAGCAACAUUGUGUUAGGAAUCUUUAACGUUAUUAUAUUGAUCAUGGGCCUGGCAGCCAUCGGCACAGGCUUCUUUUUCUACCUGGGAAGCAAUUCUAAAUGUGAGAAAGGGGUAGAAAACCAGUUAAUGAUAAUGGGUGCAGCUUUGUUUGUGGUUUCAUUGCUAGGGUUGAUUGGUUCUUGCUAUAGGAUCAACUUUCUUUUGAUCCUUUACUUGGUUGUGAUGUUCCUUCUCAUCUUGGGAUUCAUGGCUUUCACCAUUUUCGCCAUCACUGUUACCAAUGAAACUUCUGCUAAGAUGCUUUCGCAUACCAAGAUCAUGAAUUUCAGGACAUGGAUAAGGGACCAUUUUGUCAAUGACAAGAACUGGAAUCAGAUCAGGAACUGUUUGAUCGAUGCCAGGGUCUGCAAGACUCUUGGAAAUGAUGUUGAACAAGAUGUCGCCCGUUUUUACAAGAAGAAUCUGUCUCCUAUACAGUCUGGGUGUUGCAAGCCACCAACUGAAUGUGGAUUUACAUAUAAGAAUGCAACAUUCUGGAUCAAGCCAAUGGCAGGGCCAGCAGUGGCAAAUAGUGACUGCACAACAUGGAGCAACGAGCAGAAGACCCUUUGCUACAACUGCGAGUCAUGUAAGGCUGGGAUGGUUGACAACAUCAGGCAUAAGUGGAAACAAUUGGCCAUAUUCAAUGUUUGUAUCACUAUUAUCCUCAUCGUUUUCUAUUCCAUUGGUUGCUGUGCUAGGAAGAACAAUUCUACUAAGAAAGUUCAUGGCAAAUUUAAAGGAUAUAGAGCUUACCCUUGACAUCCUACUAUAAAAUGUCGUUUUAGGCUUUCUUUUUUUAUUAUUUUUCAUUUUUUUAACAAAAUUUGAACGAUUGAUUCUUGUGUUAUUGUUAUUAGUGUGAUUUAUUGUUUUUUAUUGUUAUUUUUUUUUUCUAUUAGCUUUAUUUUCACAACGAGA